GUAAAAGUAACGGCAGAUGCUUAUUUAGACUGAUACACCUUGCCUUCAGCUUUGCUAAUCAUCCUUUAUAUAAGGGAUGACCUAUUUUAUGGUUGCUUCUAAGCAAGAUAAUUAAGUAAUUUUAGCAUAAGGUUAAGACUUCAAAAAUGAGAAAAAUUCCUUUCUUCAAGCACAAAUUUAACCCAAUGAAGGAGGCCUAUCCUCAAAAUUACAGUAAGAAUCCAAAGAAGAAUCUCUUAUUUCACAAAGACAAAUUGGCGAUUCCUCCAAGUGAGCCUUACAAACCAGGAGUUUAUACAAAAUUUGCUGAUAGAGGAAAGGACCCACUUAUCCCUUGCCAAUCAACUUUCGAAGCACAUGUAUGCCUUUACAAGGCGCUUAAAAAUAAACGAUUUGAGGAAUUUAGUGCAAAAUUUGAUGAAUUCUCUGAAGAAAUCAAUAACUUCGAGGUCAAUCAGAUGUCAAAGAUCUUAAAGAACCUAUCAGAAGGAUACAUUAAUCUCAAAAAUGCGCACGAGGUUUAUCCUGAAGAGGUCACUCAGAUCGAUGCUAUCACUAGUCUUCAGAAGGAUAAAAAGGUGUUCAAAAUUUUCCGUCAAAUUAGAAAGGAUUAUAUUGAGCAACUGAAGUUUCAUCAGGAACUUUCGAAAAGUAAAGCACAUAAACCACCACACUUGUACAUCGCUUACAUAAAUCUCUGACUGGACACAUACAUGUAUCAUUGCACUCCAAGAUUUCAAGAAAUAAUGCAUCCCACUAAUAAUGAGAUAAGCUGGCCACUUAAAGUGGAUCUGGACAACAAACUCUAUCUUGAGAAAUUUUACAGAGCGAAAUUUGACAAAAAUCCCAAAAUUUUCAUGGGUGUGAAGGUCAGAUCAAAAGAAUUGUUCAGUAGAUACUCUAAAGCAGAAGGGACGAAUUUUCAUAAAUAAAUCUCAACCAGUCA